AUGACUUUGUGCAAUUCUACUGCAGAAGUGAGUCUGAAUUUCUACCUUCGCCAUGUAAAAGCACUUGUACCUGUGGCAGAUGCUUGUGCAAAUUGCCAGGCUCAGCCUGGCCCCUGGAGACGCAGCGCCAGCCUGCCAGGUCCCCGCUCGCCGCCCAGCCGGACCCGCAUCCCGCAUCCCGCAUCCCGCAUCCCGCAUCCCGCCGGGCCCCGCCGCCGCCUCACCCCCCCUACUCCCGCAGCCUCCCCUCGCUCCGCGGUCUCGCACCCGCCACGGCCCGAACCAAUGUCCCCGGCCCGGAGGGGGGCUGGCGGCCAGAGGCACCGUCAGGCCGGGGAGCGGGGGAUGCGGACCCCCCUCCCGCAGGACGGAGAGUGGCGGCGCCCCUUCCCCAGGCCAACGGUCCCCAGGCCCGGCACGGCCCGGCGGGCGCGGCUUGUGAGCGGGGCGGGGGCGGCGCGGCGGGGCUCGGUUGGCCUUGGCCGGGUUCGGCUGAGAGGGGAGAGUCGCUCGCUGGCGGAGGCAGCAGGAUUGUCACUUGCAGCUACACAGGCAGCAACUGGAAAAGAGCCAGGUUCCAGAAGUAACUUAGAGCCUUUGCAUGAGAAUGUUAUAAAUGAUACUUCAGACUGGAGUGAAAAGAAAAUUACAGACGAAGAAGGAUUUGUUGAGCAAAGAACAAUGACUCUGACUGAGAAGAGUGGCUAUCCUGACACUGUGUAUGUAAAUGCAGCAAAGAUUUUCCAAGUCAUUCAUACUGAGAAGCCCAAGGAAAAAACAUUGGUGCGGUAUGGGGAUGGCUCAUUAUCUCCCAUGCUAACUAUUAAACAUGAAUAUUCCCAGUGUGUAUCUUAUGAACUGGCUUUCAGUGCUCUAAAAUAUCAAGAUCUUCUUGAAGAGAUUUUGUUAGAUAGUGGUAUUUACCCAUGCCACUCAAUACCAGAUGAAUUAACCAGCUUGCUGGUUGUGAUGCUUUAUGACCUACAAGACCGAAAAUUCAAAGCACGAAAGAUUUUUGAUAAAGAAGAACCUGUAGAAGAAAUUCAGCAAAUAGAGGAUUAUCUAUACAGUUUUAAGACCAAGUUGGCAGCUGCACUAGCAAGAUCCCGCAUCAAACAUGGUGCUCUGUCAAUUGAAUCCUUUCUACCAGAAACUGUACGGAAGCAGGAACAGAGGGCUUCUGCAUUACCUUUAUGUGUUUGGGUAAACACAUUGAAAAUCAGCCUUCAAGAUGUUUUCAGGGAACUGGAGCAAAGGGGAUUCAGAAGAGUUCAAUCUGUGUCAGACUUGGACCAUUACACGUACUGUAUGGACCUACACUGCCAUGAUGUAUUGGUUUUUCCUUCCUCUCUUAAGGAAGAACUGCUUAAUUUAGAUCUUUUUGCAGAUUGCAAACUCGUACUGCAGGAUAAGUCUCGCAGCCUUGCUGUGCACUCUUCACAGGCGCUGUUGAACAUAGGGGACGACAUUAUUGUGGCUCACCUGGGUUCCCAUCUGACCAUUGCCCAUAUGUCAGUGCUGACAAAUUACAGCACAUCCAAUAUUUUUGUUUGUGGUGUGAAAUCUUCAGCAAAAGCAGAAGAACUGAGGAGCUUGUUCAGUCACAUGGAAUGUAAAAAUAUUCACUUGUUACCUGAAGACUUCACUGAGAUUGACCCAGUAGACCCAAGACUUGAAAAUGCAAAAGUUAUUUUGUUGCUGCCACAAUGCUCUGGACUGGGUGUUGGCAAUCCAAUAGACUUUAUUGUCCAUGACCACGGAGAUGCAGGAUUGCUAAGAGAUGUUUUCCAAGGAUGUGUAUCUGUGGAUAAACUCAAUAUUCUUGCUGAGAGGCAGCUUAAUGAGUUGAUGCAUGCAAUGAAAUUUAACAAAGUACAAGCUAUUGUUUACUGCACUUGUUCAGUUUACUCAGAAGAAAAUGAACUAGUAGUGAAAAAAGCACUGGAAUCUGGAGUGGAAGGAAAUAAAGUAAAACCAUAUAGGCUUAUUCCUCCUGCUUUUAAUACUUGUUCAAAUUCAGAAGCUUCCACAGAGUUGUUUUUCAAAAUGGAGCCAUCAGAAUCUUCCAGUGGUUGCUUUCUAGCUAUUCUAGAAAGAGAGAAAGAUCCUGAAAAUGUGUCUGCUGGUGAGAUUUUGUCUCGUGCUGCAUCUAAAGGACUACUGGAUGGCAUUGCUGUAAAAAAACCAAAGGAAGGGAAAAAGCAACGGAAAGCAACACAGCACAGACGUAAUAUCAGUGGCAGGGGUAUAGAGCCAAAGCUUGCAGAGUUCCUUCACCAUCCACCUGUAUCCAGUAUUAAAGCUGAAGUUUCAGUGUCUAAAGCAGGCAGUAACAUGAGCCAAACAAGGAGCUCUGUUCAGCUGAAGAAAUCUAUCAACCCCGUUUCAGACAAAGCUCUGCCUGAAGUGCUGAAGCACACAUCACAUUUGUCACCCGCAGGCAAGGUGACAUCUGAAAGACAGACAUUUGCUAGAAAGCCCCGUGCAGAACGUAAGAAGCUUCCACUGAAGACUGUGGAAAUUGUUUUUCCUCCAGCGCUAACACCACAAGGAAACAAACCCAGGUUAUCAACUCAGCAGUGCUUUCAUUGCUUGACUAAAGCAAAGGCUGCCAGGACACUUCUACAGCCUCUCUCUAAAGGGAUCAAGCCACCUGUGCGUAGCCACAUUCACCCAUGGCUGUAAGAAUCUUCAAGCUUUGUCCCUACCUUUACACAGAAGGUAAAGAUUUGUGCAUAUAUAUUAAUCAAUACCCAUAGAUUACAGUGUAUCUAUAUGCAGGAUAAUCUUGCUGUGGACAACAGACAAGAUUAUUGGGUAUUUGUGUGGAAAUAUCCUUGUUAGACAAUAAUUUUGAACGCUUUAAUUACACACAGUAAUUUCACUUUAAAGUGAAUGUAACUCAGCUACAUAG